GGGAACGUGGCGAGAGCAAUGAAGCUAUCCCGAAGUCACACGGUUCCCCUUCUGUGGAGUAUCCUUUUUCCGUUGUUUGCCAUUGGAGUGUACUUCCUGGUCUACUGGAACUGGUCAGCUUUGCCAGAUGGCAUGCUCGUAGAAGAUGAGAUACGCAGUGAACCUGUGUUUGUAGCAGAGCGAGCUCAACGACAUCUGCGGGUACUGACCAGCCAGGGUCCGCGCAUUGUCGGCAGCAGUGCGAAUGAAGUUUUUGCCGUCAACUUUCUGGUAACAACGAUUAGUGAAAUAAUUAGUGAAGCUGAUCCCUCGUACAUUCUAUCGGUUGACGUUCAAGAAGCCACCGGAAGCUACUUCCUGGAUUACGCCGAUUAUCCAAUCACUAGCUACUAUCGGGGAGUGCAAAAUGUGAUAGCGACGAUUAGAAAACGGAACCCGGAUCAAUUCAGCGGACAGUAUCUGCUGAUCAAUGCUCAUUUCGAUAGUGCCGUCACAUCGCCGGGUGCCGGAGACGACGGAACUAUGGUUGCCGUCAUGCUGGAAAUCCUCCGUCAGAUAUCGAGGUAUGACUUGGAUUUGCAGCACGGAAUGAUAUUUCUGUUCAACGGUUGUGAAGAAAAUACCAUGCAAGGAGCUCACGGGUUCGCAACGGGGCAUCCCUUGGCCCAGAACGUUUCGGCCUUCAUAAACCUGGAUGUUGCGGCAAACGAAGGUCGCGAAAUUAUGUUCCAGUCUGGGCCGGAUUUUCCCUUCCUGAUGAGAAACUAUCGACGAUUUACGAAACGUCCCUAUGCCAAUUCCGUCGGUGAAGAAGUUUUCCAACUAGGACUCGUGCCAUCGUUUACGGAUUUCGAAACACUUUCGAAGGUGGGCAACUGGCCCGGGAUGGACUUUGCUCUGGCAUCGUACGGCUAUUUGUACCACACCAAGUAUGAUGCCUUCGAAACCAUUUCACUGGGAAGUAUUCAGCACAUCGGAGACAAUUUGCUGCCGUUGACGAUUGGAUUGGCGGGGGCCGAGGAACUCGUCAACGUAGAACUACACCGUGAAGAAGCAGCGACCUUCUUCGACUUUCUGCAUUGGUUUAAGCUGACCUACAGUCAAACCGUGGCGUAUGCCGUCAACAGUGUAGUGGCCGUCAUUGCAGUGAUCCUAAUUGUCCUGACCAUUGCGUUGAUGAUUUGCCGGGAGGGUAUCGAGCCUACGAAGAUUCUCUUCGAGUGUGGCGUAACGUUGAUCGUGCAGACGCUCUCGAUUGUGGUCGGAGCAGGAGUUUCAGUUAUCAUAGCGAUAAUCGUAGACAUAGCGGGCCGUUCGAUGACAUGGUUUACGUCCAGCUGGUUACUGUUUGGACUCUACUUCGCACCGUUUAUCGCCUGUUUGACGUUGGGGCCGGGGCUGUACAUCCGGUUACGGAAAGUGUCCUUCCUGCAUAAUCAGGGCCGAGUUCUGCUCUUUCUUCAUGCACAGUGCUUCAUCUACGUAGCUCUUUUAGUGACACUAACCAUCGGUGGAAUUCGAUCUUCCUACCUCCUGCUAUUUCCGGUAGUCUUCUAUUCACUGUCCACCAUCAUUAAUUUGUUCAUAAAAUUUAAACGAAACCAUUGGAUCUACGUCCAUCUGGCGGGUCAAAUAAUUCCGCUCAUUUACUUCUGCUCCUUAACCGUGACGGUAUUCGCCGUGUUUAUACCGAUGACUGGACACGGAGGCGCCGGUUCGAAUCCCGAUCUCAUGAUGGCUCUAUUUAGUAUUUUAAUGGCACUGCUACUGGUUGGGAUGUGCGCUCCACUGAUGACACUGGCCAGUAAAAUCCGAUAUUUUUACACUCUGCUGGGAUUGUCGUUUGUGGUGACACUGAUCGUGAUGGCUACUCCCGUCGGAUUUCCUUUCCGGGAAAAUACUUCUCCCCAACGAUACUACAUCUUUCACCAGCAAAGUAACUUUCAUCACCAAAACGGUACAAUCCGGCGGACACGGAAUAAUUUCUUUCUGUAUCCUCAAGACCGACAUACUCCGGACUACCUGUUCGAUGCGGUGUCCUUGUGGAGAGAGCAAGCGCAACCAGUCGAACCGGAGUGUAGCCAAGAACUGUACUGCGGAUUUCCACUGUACAUCAAUCGAUAUAAUCGACAGCGUGAGUACAGCUAUUGGAUGCCGGCCAAUUCGUCCCCAAUCUUCCCAGAGCCAGUUCAGUUUGAAUUGUUGGAACGGCAGGAUAUCUCUUCGAGAAACCGAACGUUUCUGUUUUCCAUUGAAGGUCCCACUUUGAUGGGAUUGUAUUUCUCUCCGUUACCAGGAAAUACAUUGAGAGCAUGGUCUUUCAGUAAGAAAAUCCCACCCAGUGGAAUUGAUUGGAAUGAUCAACCCGUGUAUUACGUUAACUACGUACAAGCCAAGUCACGCUCUCCGCAGGAAUUCUUCGUAGAAAUUGAGUUAACGGACGAAACCGUAGGCGAUGGUCCUGUUCUACUGGUGUCCGUUGUUGGCCAAUACAUGUACCACGAACAGCAUCUAACUGAAGACUUUAAGACCCUACUCAAGCAGAUGCCUGCAUUUGCUCACACCGUAGCUUACCCAAACUAUUUGGAAAGUUGGGAAUUUUGAUAUUAUAUUUCAUA